AUGGAAGAACGAGAGCAGAGAAGGCUACGCAUAAAAUGGACACCGAAUCUUAAUGAGAAAUUCAAUGAAGCUAUCCGCAGAUUAGGAGAAAAAGCCACUGCCAUACCGAUCUUGGAGUAUAUGAAUGUGCCACAAUUGAAUCGCAAACAGGUUGAGAACCGUCUACAGCAAUACAGAGUACAAAAACGACAAGCUCAACUAGCUCAACAUGCUUCUUCUUCUUUAGUUGUAGGAAAUCAUCCUAAUGUACUAAAUUCUCAUGAAACCAUCCUUACCCCAAACACAUGCAAUACCUUCUUUAGUUCCACCAAAUGA